AAAAUUAAAACGAUUUUAUAUCUAACUACAACAUAGCUUACUUGAAACGUAAUAACCAAAUAAUAACGUCAAAAUGUCCGCAAGUGGUGCUUCAGGUAACAAAUACAGAGUUUCAUUAGGUUUACCAACUGGUGCUGUUAUCAACUGUGCUGAUAACACUGGUGCUAGAAACUUAUACAUCUUAGCCGUCAAAGGUGCUGGUGCUAGAUUAAACAGAUUGCCAGCUGCUUCUGUUGGUGAUAUGGUUAUGGCCACUGUUAAAAAAGGUAAACCAGAAUUAAGAAAGAAAGUUAUGCCAGCUAUUGUUGUCCGUCAAUCUAAAUCAUGGAGAAGAAAAGAUGGUAUCUUCUUAUACUUCGAAGAUAACGCUGGUGUCAUUGUCAAUCCAAAAGGUGAAAUGAAAGGUUCAGCUAUCACUGGUCCAGUUGGUAAAGAAUGUGCCGAUUUAUGGCCACGUAUUGCCUCAAACUCUGGUGUCGUUGUUUAAAUUUUGUUACGCUUUUAAUAAUGUCAUUUACUGCAGUUACCAUGGGGAGAGUUAAUACAAAAAUAUGUAAAAUACGGGUUCAUUUACACUAUGAAGUUGUAG